GACGAUGAUGAUACCCGAAGCCCAGACGAUGAUGACACCAGCCAGGGGGCUUCCAAAUCUCCCGUGUCCCGUCAGACGAUGUCUUCUUUAUCCAUUGGUAUGGCCCCCCGCGGUGGCGCCGGCGACGGCGUAGGAGGAGGCGGAGCCCGGAAACGGCUGCGCGCAGGGAGCAGCACCCGCCUUUCUCCCCACCCCGAACCCGACGAAUCCCUAGUCGAGAAUUCUCCUCCUCCGCUGCUUCUCUCCUCCUCCGUCCCCACCGCUGGUGGAUUCAACGACACCGCCACCGCCGACGUCCUCCUCCGCCUCCAACUCGAAAAUCCCUCCCCUGCCUCCUCUCCCGACCUCCAUCCCCCCUUCCUCGACCUCCACCUCCACUCCGCUGCCCUCCGCCGCUCCCGCUACUUCGCCGUCCUCUUCUCCGACCGAUGGCUCCCCGCCGCCGGCGAAUCCCCCGACGCCAUCAUCCGCCUCAACCUCACCGUCCCCUCCGCCUCCCCCGCCCGCUCCCGUGGCCCCUUCGAUUCCCACGUCGCGGUCCUCCGGCUCCUCUACACCCUCGACUUCUCCGGCGCGAUCCUCUCCGCCGCCGACGCCCUGGAGAUGCUCUCCGUCGCCCUCGAGCUCCUCUUCGACGACUGCAUCCAGGCCUGCGUGCGAUUCCUCGAGGCCGUGCCCUGGACCGAGGAAGAGGAGGACGCCGUCUUCAGCUUGAUCCCUUUCCUCCAAGAUGAGGAAUCCCGUGACCUCCUCGCUAGGGUUCGGCCUGAGAUGGGCUCCGACGGGAAGAUCCCCUCGGAGGAGAUGCUCCAUGGCCUAAUCCUCUCGGCGAUCCACAGCCACCCGAAGGUGGCCACCGUGAAGGCCUUUGUGGCGAAGCUGCUGAGAGAUUACCCCUCUCGGGACACGGUGAGGAGGGUGUUGGACCGGGCGUUCCUGGAGAACUUGGAGACGGUGAAGAAAUUGCUGGGAGAGUACGCAAGCCCGGACUUCAGGGUGGCGGAGGACAAUGACGAGACCGAGGCAAUCCACAGGCUGAGCCUUCACAAGGCGAUGGUGAAUGCGAGGCACCUGCUGUGGCUGGUGGAGAGGAUGAUCGAGCUGAGGGUGGUGGACAUGGCGGUGAGGGAGUGGAGCGAGCAGGCGGCGCUUGUGGCUGACCUCCAGAGGACCUUCAGGGAUGAUGCUUGGCGGAAUAUUGCGCCUGGCCUGUCGUCGCUGGUGAUGAGGUGCACCAGCCGGCUUGCCAACGCUGUGGCUGCCGGUUCGAUCCUGGCUCCCAGACAGGUGAGGAUGAAGCUUGUGAAGGAGUGGCUCCCUGUGUUGAACGUUUGCAGAGAUAUGGUUUCACCAAUACCAUCUGGUCACAAAAUGUUUUAUCAUGAGAUGGAAGAAACAUUUCUAAGGAUUAUAUCCACCCUGCCCAUGUCAGAUGCCAAAGAAUUGCUGCAGCAGUGCCUCAGCUUCUCCACACGCAAUGUCGAUGACUGCCCACAUCUGAUCUCAGCAUUCAAUACCUGGUUUAGGCGGGCAAAUCGACCACCACAUGAUGACCGCACCAGUUAAAAGCAGAUUAUGCUAGUGAAUAGACUAAUAAUAUACGAUUAUGACUGUCAUGUUGUUUCGUAAAAGGCUACAACAGGCUUCACGUGUAACUUACAUUUGAUUACUCGACUAUAUUGCUCUAUCCAUACUGCAUCGAUCUGACUACCCUUUAUCUGCUUUUACUAGUAUGCUUUAUAAAUAGUUUCCUGUCAUGUAACUUGGUGUUUUUUUGUCUUAAAUGUUCAUCUCUGUGAUACAUAGUUACCCUUGCAAAGUUGGGAUGAAAGAUACCAA